AUGGAGACUCUCAAGUCGCUGUUUGUCAAGCCUGACCCGCAGCAACAGUUGCGAAAAUGUAAUGCCCUCAUCCGAUCCAAUAUCCGCAAACUAGACCGCGAUAUCAAUCAAGUCAGGCAAGUCGAAGCCAAGACGAAGAACCUCAUUGUCCAGGCCGACAAACGCGCGCAACGAGACCCCACGAGAGCAAAGCAAGCACAGAAAGAGGCACGCGACUUCGCCCGUGAGCUCAUCCGAGCGCGGAAAACGAGCUCUCGGCUCAUAACUUCCAAGGCGCAGCUUAAUAGCGUGCAGAUGCAGGUCAACGAAGCCUUCGCCGUACGCAAGAUUGAGGGUAGCAUCCGUGCGAGCGUCGGUGUCAUGAAGGAUGUCAACCGGUUGAUCAGGCUGCCCGAGCUGGCCGGUACGAUGCAGGAGCUGAGCGCAGAGCUGAUGAAAGCCGGCAUUAUCGAAGAGAUGGUCGGCGAGAGCCUACCUGAGGACAUGGACGAGCUCGAGGAGGAGGAGGCAGAGGGCGAGGUUGACAAGGUGCUCGGCGAGAUUCUCAAGGACCGCAUGUCCAAGGAGAAGUUGCCCGCCGCGCCCGUCACUCAGGAACCCAAGCCGGUCGAAGCCGAGGAGGAGGAAGAGGAGGCCGAGGCCAUGAUGAACCAGAUGCGCAACAGGCUCGAGGCUUUGCGGAGCUAA